AAUGUGUCUCCAAACAAAGUGUCUUUUCGUGCAUCCGAAGACGUCACGAAGUGAAUGAAUUCUUAGUGAAACAUAACAAACGAUCUGAGAACUCAUUUUUUUUCGAGCCAUUGAUAUCAUCCUACCAGCUUCUACAACCAUUUCGUGUUUUCUCCCCUCACAAAACAUAACUACAAAUCACUGUAAACAACGAAUACGUGACCAUGGCAACUCGAGUAAUGAGUAGCUUAGCCUGGCACCAUUUGAUCAGUACGAAUUAAGAAACCUGAGUGCAGUUUAUUCAAUCAAUUAAAAUAAAGUAACGAAAAUGGUUAACAAGAAAAUAGAUCGCGUUGAAAAUUCUAUGGAGAAAAAAUCUUUGCUCAAUAAAUACGACAUACCGGUUGACCACUUGUCUUACGAGUACAUAACUCAGUGCGAAAAUGCCAAAGAGCUGGAACGUAUAAUUACUAUUCUUCGUUCCGGCGAGGAAGGGUACUACCCCGAUUUGAAUAAGCACGCGGAGAGCCGUUUAGCCACCAUGAAGCCUUCGAGCACCGUUUUGCGAGUGGCGGAACCAGUCCUCAAGAAAGAUAUGCUCGAGCCCGAGAAUCGGGAAAUGUUGGAAAAGGACAUAAGCGAGUGGAUGAGCGAGAUGAAGAUGCGGGAAAAAGAUUUAGAGGAAGGGCGUCGUAUGAAUACGAACGAGCCGAUUCCCCAGCCUGCCGUCCGCAAAAUAAUGUUUGAUCAACCGGAAAAAAAUCAGCAACAGUCGCAGCAAAAAACGCAGAAGCGCAUCGCAUCGUGCGAUUAUGCCGGAUGGGACAAAUACGACGCUGAAACGGAGAUUAAUCGAAUCGACCUGCAGCACGAUGUCAAGCAAGCCGAAGCGAAAAAAGCACAGAAAAUUCUUUCCAAUAAAGGAAAGAAAAUGAAGAAUGAAUCCAGGGAAGAAAUCGUCAAUAGACUCGCGCUUACCGGAACGGAAUUGAGCAUGAUGGCGGAGAGGGAUCGAGAAAAGGGAAACGAGGCGUUCAAAGCUGGCGACUACGAAGAGGCUCUUCAUUUCUACGAAUCCAGCGUCGCCAUAGACCCGACGAUAAAUGCCUACAAUAAUCGUGCGAUAACUUUCAUCAAGUUGCAACGUUACAAGGAUGCCCUUAACGAUUGUAACAAAGUCCUCAGUGUGGAUCACACGAACGUAAAAGCCCUGCUUCGAAGGGGAUUGGCCCUCGAACAUCUGGAAAAGAGAACUCAAGCAUUGGCUGAUUACGAGGCGGUACUGAAAUUAGAACCUGCCAACAAAAUCGCGAUAGGAGCCGUUAGCAAGCUCAGGGGACCGUGUAAUUCGAAAAAAAUUAGAAUGAAGAUAGAGGACGGAGCUCCAACGGAUGAGAAUUCGUCGAAACAAUCGAUAAAAUCGAGUGGAAAAGUCGACACUUUGAGCGAAGAAGAAAUGAAAGUUUCGAGUGGUGGUAAAACUUCAAAUUUGUCAGCGGAAGGUCACCCCGGGUUAGCGGAGCUCAAAACAAAUGUCAACAAUGCUGGGCCCAAUAGGACGCAAGGGAGAGCAUUGGCAGCGCCGAAUUCGCAGAUGCGGUCACAAAUCUGUUUCUGUAACAACGCGCCCAGCUCGUCUCGACGCUCGACUCCCCAGCCCCACUUCAGAGACGUUUAUUGUCCGAAAGCGUUCCAAAAGCCAUCAGGAAACUCUCCGAAAAGCCAGAGCAUCUUCACCGAUGCCAAAGCCUCGUAUGGCAAAAAUUCGAGUGUCAUCAUCGAGGAGAUUCCCAACGAGCCGUGCGAGAAAUCUGAAAAUAAGAUAAAUCAGAGAGAAAAGAAAAAAAUUAGCGCUAAGGGGAGCAAUAAUUUCGGGAAUUUCGGAGGCGGUGAUCACGACGUGUCCACUAAAAAAUCUGACGUUGUCACACAGCCGGCUUCUCAGAGAAUCGACGUGUCUAAGGCCGAUAAAAAUAUUCGGAAAAAGAACGAAAAAAAUUGUCCGAAGGCGAUGGAGGGGUGUGACAACUUGACGAACCCUCGGAGGUCAUUUGCGAAAACUUGCGAUGCCGCAAUCGAGGAGAUACCGAAUGUAGAAUUUGCGAAGACUCGCGAUGACUCGAAGACAGAAAACGGCCGAAAAAUACUGACAGAGACUGAGACGAUUUCGAAGAAUUUCCAGCCUGUCAAAGACCGAGAUCGAAACGGAAAAAAAGACGAUUCCAAAAGGGAGCUUUCGCUCGAAACGUGUGGAAAAAAAUGUGUCGAAAACGGUGGUGGUGGUUUUGACGAAUCGUCAAAGAGUUCGACGAUCCGGUCAAAUUCUGUUGGCGCAGACACUAAAAUCCCUUCGAAAAUAUCCUCCAGUUUGAACAGCGGAGACACGUUGCCUACAGCAAAUGAAAAAAUCAACGAAAAAUUGAAUUCUGACGAGAAGAACGCCGAGCCAAAAGUAUUGAAAACAAUCGGAAAAACAGUGACUUUCGCAACGAACCAUGGGAAAAAAGAAGGGAACAAGGAAUUUGAGGUUACCGAUGAUUCAAUUUCGAAAGACGAAAGUGCAGCGUUGGAAGAAACGGAGAAUAUCGAAUUCGGGAAAAUCGAAUCACCGUACGAGUUUCUUCGACUGUGGUAUUCCAUUAGAAACGAUCCUCACUUGAUUCAUCGUGCGAAUCUUUUGAAAGCGUUUCCUCCCGAAAAGAUAGAAGCAGUUAUAGGCAACAAAUUGGACGGCGACAUGUUGAGUUUGAUUCUUACCUGCUUCGAGCACCACUAUUGCUCGGUUGAAAAUUUGGAACUACUGAGUCGCUUCCUCCAGCAUUUAGGGCAAGUCAAACGCUUUUCGAUCGUUAGAAUGUUCAUGGACGAAAAAGACAAAACAGCCCUUCGAAAUAUAUUCUCGUUUUUGGAACGCCAGAAAUCGACAGACCUGACUCGAGAAUUACGUAAAACGUUUGAUGUACCGAUGUAAAAUAUACUUUCGUGUAUUUAUGAAUAAAUAUGACCAGGUUUCCCGAGUGUAAAAAGA